CGCUGGCUUGCGCUAAGCCUUGCGAUGGUCCAUGGCCGCAACAUGUACUGCGGGCAGCGCGAGUGCUACGACCUGCUCGGCGUCGAGCGGACCGCGUCGGCGACCGACAUCCGGAAGCAGUACCGCGCGCUGUCGCUCUUGGUGCACCCGGACAAGAACCCGAGCGCGGAUGCGGCCGCUGCGUUCCAAGCGCUCGCGACAGCGUACGAGGUGCUCACCGACGCAUCCAAGCGCGCCGCCUACGACCACUACCUCGACCACCCGCAAGACUACGCGUACAACUAUGGCAUGUACGUCCAGUACGCGUAUGCGCCGCAGUCGGACGCCCGCGUCAUCGUGCUGGCGUUCGUGCUCUUCCUAUCGUUGUGCCAGUAUUUCGCCCAAGUCCACCGCCACAAGCAAGCGAUCGCGUACUUUCGCCAGUCGGACACGGUCAAGCGGCAGGCUAUGGCCCUGCAAGCCGAGCGCAACGCUGGCCUCAAGCGCGCCAAGGACAAGAAGGCCAAAGACGCGGCCAAGGCCGAGCUCGAGGCCAUCACCGACGAGCUCAUGGCGUCCACCGAGAUCUCGGGCGGCUAUGAAAAGCCAGCGCUGCGCAAGCUGCUGCUCAUUCGGCUCGUGCUCCUGCCCUACUCGCUCACGCUGUACGUCGUGUGGCGCGUCCGGUGGUGGUACCACUACGCGUACCUGCGCCGGCCGUACGCACCGGAGGCGGCGCUGUACUUGACGUGCAAGGCCUUGGACAUAACCGAGGACUACUUCCACAGCGAGCAAUUUCCCCACAACCGAGACGACGUGCUGGCUCGGCAACUCUGGGAACCGAACCACCUCGCGACCUUCCAGAAGGAGCUCGAGGACGACUGGAAGCGGCGGCACCCGACCAAGUACAAACAGCUUUUGCGCCAGCGAAAGAAGGCCGGCGACGAGUCGUCCUAGCUCUCCACCGCACCCAAGACCCACC